AUGAUGGGAGAGAGAGGAGGCGGCGCAGAGGCUGAGCUUUCCUAUGGUGAGUGCUCUAUUGGUGACUUCGAGAAAUGGAGCACACUGAGGCUGCAGAAGGGGAUGAUCCUCUACUGCCACGUCAUGGUAGAUCAGACAAAGGUGUAUGCCCCGUUCUUCAUCAAGGAGGCAUGGAUGAACAGCGACACCUCUUGGACGGCAAGUGUAGCAUGCCUUGGAGUGAAGGACUCAAAAGUUUCGAGGCGGCUCACUCAGUUGACCAAAGUCCUGGACGAGAUUCACCUAUGCAUGGAGGAGAGGUGUCAGAUUCCGGGCAACUUCCUGGGGCACGUGAGCGAGGUGAAGAUCAUCAAGGCCGAGGAUUUGCCACGGCAGGACGUGGGUCAGACAGGUUGGAAGAGGUGGCAAACACUAUGUCACGAGAUCUUGGGCUUGGACGUGAGCGAGGUAGCGAAAGAAGGGGCAGGCAUGCUCUCCAGAGAGGCAGAAAGAGAAGAAGAGGUUCGCCAAGGGGCUUUGAAGCAUCGAGGACGAGGAGAAGGCGAGAAAGCGGCCGAGGCGAAGGAAAGGGCACCAUGGCGAGAGGAGAUGCUGGACGAGGAACCUCCAGAGCCUGUCGAAGGAGAGACCCAGGAGGAGAGGCAGCAGAGGGUGAGCUCCUAUGCAGCCCGAGAAGCCAGGAGGAUCAUGCAACGACCAAAAGGUGUGGACCUCAGCACGGCCCUUGCAGAGUUGAAGGGAGAUCUAACUCGGGCUGGAGGAGCGGAGCAGAGGCGAGAGUUGAUGAGUGGGAGAAGGGAGACCAGCAGAGGGCGCGAGGAGGAUUUGUCGGAGGUCGGACCUCAUGGAAUGGGGAUCACCUUGCAGAGCCGGCAGGAGAAAGUUGCUGGGCUUCUCAAGCCCAGUGCAUUGGAGCGAAGCGGAGAAACUCUGGGCCAUGCAGGUGAUGUCAUUAGUGCAUUUCAACUGUCUGAGAACCGGCGCGAGUACAACCGCCGUGUGGCCGAGAUCGUGGAGGAACGAUGUGGACAUGGCACCCCCACCUGCCAGCGCGAAAAGCUCGAAGUGAGCACGGUGAAUCAUCGCCGGCCACGCCGGAACCUCGUGUGGCACGCCACGUGUGGCACGGAGUCGGUCUCACUGAGUCGGGUCGCGCAUCGAUGGGCCGUGGGCAAGAUCGAGUUGAGGGAGGAUGUCACGGUCGCCCCCCGCAAAUUCCUCAGCCUCGACGCCCUCUGCGCCUUCCGCACCUGGCUCAGCCGGCCAGAUGGGCGCGGCGCGGCCGCGGCGAGCCGGUCCAGUGGGUCACUGCCGCCCCUGAUGGGUGAGCAUCUGAUCGAAGGGCUGAAUGUGGAGGUGAAGGCAUUUCGCAAGGAGGCGGAGGAACCCUUGCUCUGUCUCAAUUGCACCUCAGAAGCUCAGCCGAUCUUGCAGCACGCCGUGAGUGCGGCCCAGCAUGCCGCGCAGGGCCAAGGCGGCUUUCUCAAGUCCUUCGAUCGGCGUGAGGCGGAACAAAGUUUUCCAGAGCUUACAAAGAGCCUGCAAGGCUACGCCUCUGUUGGGCACAUCUGCCUUGUGCAGAUGCAGCUCACUUCGAAGACAAUUUGGGGCCUUGGGAUCGCAAGCAACAAAAAGGCUCAGAGCCGCGCCGCGCACCUGGCGGCAUGGCUUCACUACGCUGCAUCCGUCAAGAACAGUUCUUGGGGAAAAGGCUGGAACCAGGAGGACACACUCCAGAAGCUCACGCAGCAGGCCAGGCUCAAACUCAGAGAGUUUAGAGCGAUGAGAGGUGAAGCUGUGCCAUCGUCACUGGCUUCACCCGCAAGCAUGGCGUCCGAACAGCAGGACAUUCGGGCAUCCGCCAGUCGCCCCUUUGCGUGGGGAGUGCAACCGAAGGAGGAGCUCCGGUCGCCGCGCAGUUGCAGCCGCGGCAGUGAAGGUGCGAGCACUUCAGCGCGAUCACCCUUCCAACAGGAUGACAACAAGGUGGCCUUCAAGCGCUGUAGUCCAUCUGUCAAAGAGGAGCAGGACCCUUCGGCAUUGGCCUCGCCAUGCAGUUUGCCGCCCUCUCCCAGGUCCAGGUCGGAUUCCCCGGACUGGAGCGGCGGCCAGAGCCGCUCUCCAAGCCGGACAGGUCCGGUGAAACGUCACCGUUCGCCGCCGCCGCCACAGUGGCGACAGCGGGUCACGCCGCCCUGGGCACGUCCGAUCGAGGUGCCAGGCUCAGACUCCGACGGGGAGGUCCAGUGGGUCACGAAGGUGAAAGAAGAGCGGCGCAACAAUGUGAAGGGGCCUGUGCCCACGAGAGCUCCGACUCCAAGAUUUGCCUCUUCUCAACGUGGUUCCUACAAGCUCACGUGCGGCAGCGUUGGGUGCCACAUUCAGGUCUAUCGUGGAUCCGUGGAGGGCCUCGUGCUGGUGGAGGUGAGCGCGACGCAUCGUGUAGAAAAGUGCCUGGUCUACUGUCCCACCAAGAUGUGGUGGGACAACAUCUUCGCGACGCAUGGCAUCGAGCAGAUCUGGUCGUGGAUCUGCGAGGAGCAGCAAGGCAUGCUCCUUCAAAUGGUCCAAAGGGGUGUGCUGCUGAAGUUCGUGAUCCCGGGACGGCCAUGUCUGAGCGAUCCCGACCUGGAGGGUCUCAAAAAGCUGCUGCUCACGUCCCAACAGCGGCCCUGUGUGGCCAUGGGAUGCUCCGCGGGAGGAUGGUUGGCUCUGAAACUGCUGCGGGUCAUGGCCGGCUGGCAACACCUCCAGGCCGUGGCAGCAGUAUCACCGGCUCCUCUGGACAUUGAGGAGUGGCAGAAGGUACCGCACUGGUGCUGUCAGCUGGCAUCGCAGCUGGCAAGGCCGUCGCAGAUGGCUCGCUUGGCCUUGUUCUGGGGCGAGGGUGAUCCCUCCCAAGCACCUUUGAAGAGCUUGCAUAAGUCUCCCCACGUCACAAGACGCUGCUUGCGUGGCAAAGGCCACAUCGGCUUCUUGUCGAAGGAGCUCUUCACGCAGGUCUGGCAAGAACUCACUGCGAGCAGUCAGAGCAAGUCAGAAGAUCACUCGCGGCAGGCGCCCCCAGUGCCAAAGUUCGAGGACGAGGCCCCGGCUGCGCCACCCGCGCCGCCCAAGCCGCCAUUGGCAGCUGUGCGGAGGGUCGGCAUAGUGGUCGACCUGGAUCGAGAAUCCACGCAGAUCAAAGGGAGGCUGCGGGACGUGGAUGGUGAUGGAAACACCGAGUACGAGUUUGUCGAUUUUCAUGACCUUGGAUUGGACGUUGGUGAUCGUGUCCAGUUUUCCAUGGACAACCUCCGCAAUUGCGCGGUGGAUGUGGCCCGGGAGAAAAGUGGCGCCAUGAACGGGGGCUAUGCCAGCGGCGCGGCGACCGUGCCAAAGCCUUCCCACAUUGAGAUCCAAAGGGCUGAGCAGUUUUUGCGACGCCAUGCGGUGGCUGCCGAUGUCAAGGAGUUCACGCAUAGUUCAAUGAAGGGCUUUGGUGAUGAGUAUGCCCGCAAUUCGGGAAAGUUCAAGUUCCCAGAUGACCCGGGCAGCAGGGCUGACCUGGCGCAGACCAUCGAGACGGCGCACCGGCUCUCGGAGCACAUGAGCGGAACUCGCUUGAAGCUGUUCUUGUGCGAGCAUCCCACAGAGAUUUACGCCUUUGUGGAGGACAUUGACAUCGUAGGCGAUUCGAAGGGGGGAUGCCCGAGCGUCAUGCGGCACCCCGGUUCCAAGCAAUUCGACUACGAACUGCUCAAAUGGCGGGCCAAAAUCCUACACAAGGUGUUCCCUGGCUCAGAGCCCCUUCGACUGGUUCUCUAUGAGGCCUGCGGCUGGUACACCGGGACUGGCUCCUUCAAGGAAUCCUAUCACCUGGUGUGGCCGGAGAUCCUUGUAGACAAGGAGACGGCCAUCGCUGCAAGGAGGUUUACGCUGGAGCACUUUGAAGCGUGGUCUUCGGAACAGGAGCACCGCUUGUCCGAGCUCUUAGAGAAGGCACAGAAGUUCUCCCCGAAGAACACGUGGGAGAACAUCUUCGACGCGACCACCACGCGCCCGACGGUGGGUGCUCGGAUGCCCUAUUCCGACAAGAGGUCAAGAAUGCUUGACAACAAGUUCAAGCAAGAGAACCGCAAGGUGCUUCCAGUCGCAGAACUGGUUUUCCAUUUCGAAGAGAGCCAGGAGCUGCCCAGCGUGCAGGUGGUGGCCCAUGCGGAGGGGAAGAGUCACGCCGAAUGGGCGCAAGCGCGGCAUGGUACGCCGCGCGCCAAACCAGCAAGAGAAGUCGUACUGCCACAUCAAAGUGCACCCUUACCAGCAGCAACCUCGAAAGAAGAACGGCAUGCCAAGCGGCUCUGGCGGAGGAAAAGGUGGCGGUGGCCGAAGAGGCGGCGGAAGUGGUGGCUGGGGAGGUGGCUGGCCAAGCUUGCCACCAUGGAGAGGUGGCAAAGGAACCCUGGUAUUGCAUCGUUGGUUUCAUUGUUUGCGUUUGAAACGCCCGUCGUUUGUCUGUGCGACUCCCACCCUUCAUCCAAGGAAAGGAUGGCAAAGGAGGACAAGAUCGAAAAGGGGGAAAAGGAGGUGGCAAGGGUGGAGGAGGCGGCUGGGGCGGUGGCGGCUGGGGCGGUCACGGCUGGAGCAGCUGGACCGGCUGGGACGAUGAAGACGAAGGCGCCGGGCGCAGCCGCACACCACCGGGCCGCGGUGGGAAGCCCUUCGAUGGCACCGCUGCAGAGUUUGCCGACGUGAUCAAGGCAAGGGCAAAGCCCAGUCACACGUUCUGGCAGAAGCGCUUACAGGGUGGGAUUCAGCUCGUUUUCCAAAAUUAUGGGAACAUCAACUACACUUCGGAAGGAAGCAAAGCGAUCUUGGUCCAGGGUCGCCGCCGUGAAGAACUACUGUAUUUGGUGGAGGGCCUGACGUCUGGCAUGAUGGGAUGAUUGAGUUUUGGAGUUGGAGUGUCCAGCAAAACUAGACAGGGCGGAGCUCGUUUCGAUUCGACCAAUCACUUCUCUCUUUGUGGUUUCUCCAAUUUUUGUAGUCUUGUGGAAUUUCCGUGCUUGUGUCUGCCAUGAACACAGUGCAGAGUGAUGAUAGCGGGUGAGAGGGUGACGCAGGAUUCUAGAGCAACAUGCCCAACCAUAAUGAAUGGUAUAGUAACGUAUUACAACUACAUCAAAUUGCUAGUUAAUAGCUUAGUUAAUAAGUUGUUGACUUGCUACUCGUAGUCCCUCGGCCUCGUCGAGUAACAUGGUCUGGUCGUCUCUUCCGAUCUUCCGAUUCGGCAGUUGGACCACAGUGUGAUUUUGCAUUGUUUCAC